AUGGAGGGAUCCCUGGAGGCGCGGCCCGGUGUCCUCCUCGUCGGCGCCCCGGGCGUCGGCAAGCGAACCAUCCUCUCCCGGUUGCUUGCAGCGGAAAUACCUGGCGUGCAUGACUUAUCAUCCGGUGUGCUGUGUCAGGGGUGGACAAUUGAAACAAAGUAUUAUUCAGCUGAUCUUUCCAUCUGGACAGCAAAUCUUGGUGAAGAAUUUUCUCUUGGUUCCCUCCCUCAUCUAGACCGGGUGGCUGCUCUCGUUAUGGUCUUUGAUAUGAAUGAUGAAUCCACCUUGCUUACUCUGCAAAGCUGGGCUGCCAAUGUUGAUAUCCAGAGGUUUGAGGUCUUGUUAUGCAUUGGAAAUAAAGCAGAUAUUGUACCUGGUCAUAGCGCACAUAUAGAAAAUAGGAGGCGUAUGCAAAAGCUUGGGGAGUCAAGUUCUGAUCCACACCCUGAUUAUUUCGAUUUUGGGAUAAAUGAAAGUGAGGGUUGUAGCUUGUUAUCUGAGGAAGAGCCAUGCAUAGAGAUCAGAAACUCUACUGCACAGUGGUGCAUUGAGCAGAACAUAGAAUAUAUUGAGGCCUGUGCUUCCAAUGCUGACUUUGAUAAGUGUCUAUCAGUGGAUGGUGAUAGCCAAGGCUUAGAGCGACUCUUUGGAGCUCUUUCUGCACAUAUGUGGCCUGGAAUGAUUCUGAAAUCUGGAAACAGAAUAACUGUCCCAUCCUUGGUUGAAAAAGAAGAAUCUACGGAUGAUGAAUCCAACUAUGAUUUUGAGUAUGAGGUCCUGUCUCAUGGAUCUGAUGACCAGUGGGAAUUUGUUGGCGAGACAAGUACAUCCAGAAGCUUUGAGAGAUCAAAUGAGGUUGAUGGUACGCAGGAUCACACACAUCAAGUGGUGAAGGCUGGUAUUGACUCUUCAGCAUCCAACCCUCUCCCGAGUAACACGCCCACAGAAACUGCUGAAGAGAAUACUGUAACUUGGAGCAACAAAACCGACAAUAGCGAUCAUGUGGACACGACCACAGCAUAUAGCACUGAGGAUGAUCAAAGUGAUCUUCCAGAGGCUAACGAUCUUUUUGAGGACGAGCAUUAUGGUCUGGAUGACCUGGAGAAAAUCAUGUCAGAGAUUGGUAACAUGCGAUCCAACCUAAGGCUCAUGCCUGACUUCCAAAGGAGGGAGAUGGCUGCAAAGCUAGCCAUGAAAAUGGCAGCCACGUUUGGUGAUGAUGAUGAAGAGGCAUUUGAGGAUAUCAAGGCAAUUCAUGUAGUUCCACCUUACUGCUGA